AUGAUCGCUCAGGUGACUCUCGUUCUGGGCCUCGUAGCCGUUGCACUUGGAGGAGGACACCAUGGAGGCCACAGCCAGACCUACAGAAACCAGGACGACCACGGACACUACCGGUUCGGCUACGACAUCGCCAACGGCUACGGCGCAGUCAACGGUCGCCACGAGAAAGGUGCCGCCUACGGCCCGGUCCACGGCUCCUAUUACCUGGGUGACGUCGACGGGCGCCACCGCCGCGUCGAGUACGUGGCCGACAAGCUCGGCUUCCGCGCGGUCGUCAAGACCAACGAGCCCGGCACCAAGACCAGCCUGCCCGCCGCCGCCCCCUAUGUCACCGCUCACGGAAAGAACGUGCCUGCUUACGGACACGGAGGGUACGGCGGCGGAUACGGAGGUCACGGAUACUUCGGCUGA